GCUGUCAACGCAGACACGAACUUUUUUUUUUUUUUUCCUCUUUUUGAUUCACUGCUGAAACAAUCCACGCUGAGCCGGACGACAGGAACCUGUUACCUGCGUUUGAGAAGGUAAAGACGCACCGCAGCGGCGGCGUCCACAUGACCUGAGGGAAGGGGAGUCGACCGUGAGUCACACCGGGACAGAGACCCCCCCCCCCGCGGUGGCACUCAACUUUGGCAGGAUUUAUUAGUAUCAGUAGCAAUUACUGUAUCGUUAUUAUUAGUUACACCGAUCGUUACUUCAGAGGAUGGACGUUCCUGGGUUUUAAUUUGCGCCUCGACCGUUCGGGCCGAGGGUCCGGUUUUACAGAGACUGCUGGAUGAAACCACCCUUUCCCUUCCUGUCGUUGUUCUUCAUUGAGAGACCAGAGGAUGGUUCGUGCAUCGGGAGCAGCUGAGGAGCGGAGACGCGGUCUGACGCGUGGAUACUAGUUUCCCGUCAACACCUUCCAUCGCUCUUUCUGUGGGGGGAAAAAAAAAAAAAAAAUGGGGAACCACUCGACGUGGAGUAAUUUCACCCAAGUUCUGUCGGAGCUGGACGGGACGGGCGGCGAGGAAGAGGGGGAGGACGACGAGGAGGUGGACGGCGGGAGCGGUGGAGGCAGCGGCGGACUGCGCGUCCUCGUCGGCUGCGUCCUCUUCCUGCUCAUCGUGUCCACGCUGCUCGGGAACACGCUGGUGUGCGCCGCCGUGGUCAAGUUCCGGCACCUGCGCUCCAAAGUCACCAACUUCUUCGUCAUCUCGCUGGCCGUGUCCGACCUGUUCGUGGCCGUGCUGGUGAUGCCCUGGGAGGCCAUCACCGAGGUGACGGGCACGUGGCUGUUCGGGCGGUUUUGUGGCGUCUGGAUCGCCUUUGACAUCAUGUGCUCCACGGCGUCCAUCCUCAACCUGUGCAUCAUCAGCGUGGACCGCUACUGGGCCAUCGCCAGCCCCUUCAAGUACGAGCGGAAAAUGACGCACCGGGUGGCGUUCGUCAUGAUCGGGGUGGCGUGGACUCUGUCGAUCCUCAUCUCCUUCAUCCCGGUGCAGCUCAACUGGCACCGGGCCGGGGAGGAAGAGCAGGAGACGAUGGAGAAGGCGGUGGCAGCCAGGGCCGCCAGCGGCAGGAACUUCACAAACAGCAGCAACCUCAGCACCAGCACAGUCGCCAAGAGCUGCGUCGCCAACUUAAACAAGACCUACGCCAUAUCCUCGUCCAUCAUUAGCUUCUACAUGCCUGUGGCGAUCAUGAUUGCCACCUACACCCGGAUCUACCGGAUCGCUCAGACCCAAAUCCGCCGGAUCACAUCGUUGGAGCGGGCGGCAGAGCAGGCGCAGAACCAAGGCCACGGCGUGAGCCGGAACCAGCAACAGCAGCACAGGCCCCAUGACGAAGCCUCGCUGAAGUCGUCCUUUAAGAAGGAAACCAAAGUCCUGAAGACGCUCUCCAUCAUCAUGGGGGUGUUUGUCUUCUGCUGGCUGCCGUUCUUCGUCCUCAACUGCACUGUCCCCUUCUGCGACCCGCCCUGCGUCGGGGACACCACCUUCACCGUCUUUGUCUGGUUCGGCUGGGCCAACUCAUCGCUCAACCCUGUCAUUUACGCAUUCAACGCGGACUUCCGCCGGGCCUUCGCCACCAUUCUGGGCUGCAACAGAAUCUGCUCAAACAACGCCGUGGAAGCCGUGAACUUCAGCAACGAGCUGGUUUCUUACCACCACGACACGACGCUCCACAAGGAGUCGCUGGUCGCCGCGCAGCCGCAGCAACGCCCGCGCACCAUCAACCAUGGGCCUGACCACCUGGAGGACAUGAGCGCACAGUUUGAUGUGGAGUCGCUCAUCUCUAAUGGUUCCCGGAGCCACGACCGACUGCUGCCGCUUCCUGCCACCGUCCAACUCGAGGACGACCCGGAGAUCUCCUUGGGAACGAUCACGCCGUUCACCUCGGCGGCGGGGCCGGAGAGUGAAGCGCUAAUACCUGGACAGGUGCACCACGAUGGAUAGGACAGAAACUGCACUGCGCCGACUGACAGCCAUCGACAAACAGGAAGUUAGGCUGUGUUUUCUUCAAAACAAAAGCGUAAACUUCAGUUUGGCCGGAACCAGACUUGUCCUCCGUAGAGUUUGCAGUUGAUUGAUUUGGAAUAAUGGAGGACUUUGGGGACUUUAUAACCCAGGUGCUCUGUAAAACCUGGAGAAACAUAACACAUAAGAGAGACUUCACUGUAUAGGCUUCAGAUAAAAUGCCCAUAUCAGAA